GUGUUCCCUCAUUUUCAUUUAAUGCUGGAAUAUUCAUUUCAUUUGAGCCUGUAUUAUUAUAAUAUGUCCCACUGCGUAUAUUUCAUUUCUCGCCUUCCAUCGUGAGUCACUACGCAGGCCACUACGCAGGUCACUACGCUCCGCAGGCGGAGCAGUGACAUCUCAUUCUUCUCGAGUCGGGAUGCGUUCCAAAAAUUGCAAAAAACAGCACAAACUUUUAUGUCCGCGACCGUGCAUGGUGCAAAUAAUUCGCGCGAAAAUAUUGUAGUGUAUCAAAAAACGAUUAAUAAAAACGAUUAAUAUUAAUAAAUAUUGUUUAAAAAUUGUGUAACGUUACAAAAAUGCCGCGAGCAAGUAAUAAUAAAAACGGAGCAAACUCUGCCAAGGAUAUAAGAUCCUAUUUUGCGCCGAUCGCAAAUUCUCAGAAAAAAAAUAGCGAAUUGAUUUCAAAACCUCAAAAAAGACGUGUAAUUUCAUCUGAUGAGGAUGAAGAGAAACCGAAAACAACUGCAAAACGCUCCAAGAUAUUACAAAAAAUAAAAAAGACUGUAAUCUUAUCAGACUCUGAGGAUGAUAUGAUUAAUGAUUCUAAGCAACCUGAAGCAAAUAAAACAAAUGGAAAUAAAGAAUCACUGAAGAAAAUUGUCUCUCCCAGUGAGUUGUUUAGUAAGAAACCUAUAACAAGGGUAGAAGAAACAAAAGUAAACAAGAAGUUACAGAAAAUGGAAUCUGAAUUUCAUAAUGAUGAUGAUUUUGAUGCUGUAUUGAAUCAAUUGGAUGAAUGUAAGAAUAUACAAAACAUAAAGAAAGAAAAAGGUAGUACUAAGAAUGCAAAUAUAUCUAACAGUCAUGAAGCAAUAACGAAAGCAGAAGUAAGUUCUAAUAAGAGCAAGAAAAAAAAAGAAAAGGGUUCCUCAGAAAAAUCACACAAUGAAACAAAUGAAACAAACAAAAUAAAAGAUAAAGAGGUGAAGUCUUCAAAUAAAGAUAAUCUUUCAAAAACUGUCACAAGUUCUCCAAAACGGAAACUACAAAAAAGGAAGAAAAGUAAUUCUAGUUCAAAUGAGGACUUAGAUACGAAUGAUAAGCAUACUCGUAAUAUAUCCAAAAAGUUUAACUUCACAAAUAUGCUAACCAUCUCAAUAUCUGCCUCUACUACAAAAGACGAAGAUAUUGGAAAGCGGUCAUCAAACAAGAAAAAAACUAAGGAUACUGACCUGUUUGAAGAAAGAAUAGAAAAGAAAAGACAACAGGCUAUCUUAUAUGAGAAAUAUCUUCAGAGAGGUGGUGCCAGAAAUCCUGGUUCAAAAACAAUCCCUACAGGUGCUAAAAAUUGUUUAGCUGGUUUAACCUUCCUGACCACAGGUGUCUUUGAGUCCUUAGAAAGAAAUGAAGUUGAAGAUUUAAUAAAGAAUUAUGGAGGCCGUAUUGUAAACUCUGUGUCAAGUAAAGUCAAUUACAUCAUGGUUGGAGAUGAAGCUGGUCCAGCUAAAUUGGCAAAGGCAAACACUUUAAGCAUCAAACAAAUAACCGAGGAUGAUCUGUUAGAAAUGAUCCGCACAAGACCGGAAGGUAAAUCUGAAGAUAUCAAGCCAACAAAAGCAAAACCAAAUGUGAAAAAGAUGUCGAGUAAAUCUGAAAGUGAUACAUCGCCAUCGCCGAACAAGACGAAAGCACUGUUAGUUUCGCCCAAGAAAGAAACUUCGCCAAUCUCAUCAUUGAAAAUCAAAAUGUCACCAAAAUCAGUGGAAAUAAAAAUUUCGUUACCAGAACCGAAACAGACCUCAGAUAUAAGCAGUAAUUUACAGGAGGCAACUACAAACGUCAGUUCAGAACCAUUAGUUGAAAAAUACAGGCCUAAAACUUUGAAGCAAAUUAUAGGUCAACAAGGAGACAGGAGUUCCGCACACAACUUGUACGUCUGGCUGCGUGAUUGGCACAAGAAUCGCCAAGAUCCAAAAUCCUCGAGUAAGCAAAACAAUGGACAAAGUUUCAAGGCAGCCUUGUUAUCUGGCUCACCAGGCGUUGGUAAAACAACGACUGCUCAGAUUGUUUGUAAAGAGUUGGGAUACGAUCUGUUAGAAUUCAAUGCUUCUGAUACCAGAAGCAAGACACUCCUGAAAGAACAAGUGUCAGGAUUGUUGUCUAAUACCACGAUGAAAGAUUACUGCACAGGUAACAAACAAAAGAUCACAAGCAAGCACGCGUUGCUAAUGGACGAAGUUGACGGUAUGGCUGGUAAUGAGGAUCGCGGUGGCUUGCAGGAAUUGGUUAAUUUGAUCAAACAUACCGACGUGCCGGUUAUCUGUAUAUGUAAUGAUCGAUUCAACACGAAAAUGAGGACCCUCUCCUGUCACACUUACGAUCUGAAAUUUCCAAAGCUCAGAGUCGAGCAAAUCAGGAGUUCGAUGAAAUCCCUGUGCUUUAAAGAGAACAUACAAAUCUCGACGGAGGAUCUCGAUCGCUUGAUCGAGUCGACGAAUUAUGAUAUUCGACAAGUGAUCAAUCACUUGGAAUUCCUCAGCGGAAAAACGGCUCAUGUAGAGGCGGCCGACAAGAAACAUUCUAACAAGAACUUCAAACUCGGUCCAUUCGACGUCGCGAAACUGGUGUUCAACGCUGCGGAACAGCGGAGUAUGAAUCUCAACGAUAAAAUCGGCUUAUACUUCCACGAUUAUAACAUAGCGCCUCUUUUCGUGCAGGAAAAUUACCCUGCCGUUAAAUUAUCUCAGGUGUCAUCUCUUCAGAGGCUGGAGAAGAUCGCUCGGGCGGCCGACAGUAUAUCCCAGGGUGAUCUCAUCGAAAAAGUGAUGAGGAGUAGCAUGAUGUGGAGUCUGCUUCCGUUACAUGCCUGUUUCUCCUUUGUCAUACCGGGCAACGAAAUGUCGGGGAAUCUCGACUCGAUGGUACGAUUUCCGGGUUGGUUCGGACGAAACUCGAAAGCGACGAGAUUCAAUAGACUGAUGCAAGAGUUAACGACGCAUACGCGGUUGGCCACGGGUGCGAACAAAGACGCCCUCAAUUUAGAUUACAUGGUCCACAUACGGAACGCUGUUGUAAAACCUCUGUUGGAUAACGGCGCCGAUGGUAUAGAAGCAGCGAUUGCUGUUAUGGGAAAGUAUCAUCUAAUGAGGGAGGACUUGGACUCAAUGAUGGAAAUUUCUCUCUGGCCGGGCAUAAGUGAUCCCACGAGUAAUCUUGAUAGCAAAGUGAAAGCAGCGUUUACGAGAGCGUAUCAGAAGAAUUCUCCUAUGUUGCCAUAUGCAAUUAACAGUGCUGUCACUACAAAAAAAAGAUCCGCGCAAGAUGACGAUUUAAUGGAUGAGGAGGAACCCGAAGAGGAGGAAGACAAUAUCGAUUCGGACAAAAUGGUCAAGGUAAAAAAACCUACCGUCGCUUCCACUAGCAAAGCUGCUACAAUCAAAAAAACUGAUGGACCAGCUAAAAAGCGUGGAAGAGGACGCGGUAAAGCAAAAUGAAACAGCGUUGUGGAAUGUGAAUUUUUUAUUUAAAUAAUAUGCUUGAAUAUAUAUUUCUGUGCCGUGUAGAAUAUUAUCACGAGAUAACUCGAAGCUCUCCUCUGGUUUGUACGCAUUCUAAAAUAACAAAAUUAAUGAAUUGUCUCCACACUACUAUACAUGAUCAAUCUGUUUUUUUUUGUAUUUAUAAUAUAUAAGAGAUGAAAUAAAAAACGAUAAAGCC